ACAGUUCUGGUUUACGGCACCACCGGUGCUACAGCAACGAGUGGAAGGUGGAAGUAAGAUUAGCUUCUGUGACUGCACGCCGACUAAUUUAUCCAGCAUAAAAGGACUGCUGUCAUUUCGGAUAAUUGUAGAGCUUAAUGAACUCAUCACAAACUGUACUUCCGACAUCAUAUCGUGGCAGUAAGUUAACUGCUGAGGUGUACAUCUACUUUUCUCCGGGCAUGUUAAGUAACGAUAGCUAACGGUAGCAGGCAGCUGUCCCCCCCUCCUUAUCGCCUAACUUAGCCACUCUGGCAGCUUUAGUCUUUACUGAAAUUCUGCCGACUUUCUUAUAAAAAUGCCCAUUCAGCUGACAAGUCAGGCGUACUGUAAAAUGCUUUUACAUGCUGCCAAAUAUCCACACUGCGCCGUGAAUGGAUUGCUGGUGGCAGAAAAGAAGAAGGACAAAAAGAAAGACAGCCACAGUGAGCCAGUUCUGUGCGUGGACUGUGUGCCUCUGUUUCACGGCACUCUAGCUCUGGCACCAAUGCUGGAAGUAGCCUUAACGCUGAUUGACACUUGGUGUAAAGAAAAUAAUUAUGUCAUUGUCGGAUAUUAUCAAGCCAACGAACGCACAAAGGAUUCAAGGCCCAACCAAGUUGCAGAGAAAGUGGCAGCCAGAAUUUCUGAGAACUUCAGUGAAGCAGCAAUUGUUAUGGUGGACAGCAGUAAGUUAACAAUGAGCUGUUCCGAACCCAUCGUCUUGAUCUAUGAUCACCACGAAAACAAGUGGAAAAGCAGAGAAGUAACGGCUGACUCCUUUGAGGACUGGAGCGAAGCACAGAAAAUCACAUCUGCCCUGCUGGUGGGUCGUUCCUAUGAGAACUUGAUUGAUUUUGACAGUCACUUGGAUGAUCUGAGGAACGACUGGACCAACCCUGUUAUUAACAAGUCCGUCCUGGAUCUGUGCUAAGACCUUCAGUCGGGAGUACCCAUGACACACACAUGCACGCAUACACACACACAUGUGAACAACUAUAUUGCUGCCAAUUCAGCAUGCACACUGCUACUUGUGUAGCACAGGAGAAUGAAAAAGCUGAACCUAUAGUCUGCGUUCCAUAAAAAGUCUCUCUCGCUGAUGGGAACUUGUGGGGCGCUGGCCAGUUUGGCCAAAUGUUUUAAGGGCAAGCACCAUAUGUGCGCUGUUGGCCCGUGUCUACCUUUUACAGGUUGAUGCUGCAGUGAUGAAAGCUUUUAUGGGUUUUUAUUUUUAUGCAACUUUGGGUUUUUUUCCCCCUGCAAUGGGUUUUGAUAUCCUGUUUUGUGUAAAAGUUUAGAUUCUAGAGGUUUAAACCUAUACAUUUGCUUUUAGCCAUACAGAGAUCAAGUUCUAAAUAAGUUCUAAAUUAUUAAUUUUUAGGUAAUGAUUUUACAACUGAUAGGAUAAAUGUGUGUUCUUUAUUAAGUUUCUUGUUUAUAAAAGACCUGAAGGAAAAUUCACAUAUAUAAGUGAAGUCUGAAAGUUUUAGAUGACGCUGAACCAGAGAUUUGGCCCAUUCAAAAGCCCCAACUUUAAUCUUUCCGUAGAUGCAUUUCUAGCGUGCAUGCUUCUCGGUACUGCCACUAAUGCGACGGAGAAUGUCAGUCUGGAUGAUGCACAUGUGCAUUUUGGCUCUUGAUUUAUGAUCUGGAAGACCGGCUCUAUACUGAAUCAGAUCACAGGAAUAUGUGAAUUUUGUUUUGUGUGGAUAUCCAUUCUAAGAACUAGAUAAAUUCUAUGUUAACACUUAACUGAUUAUUCUAAAACCAAAUAUUAAAAAGUUAAUAUUUAUUGUGAGACUACAGAAACACCUUUUGUAAUUGAGAUUAGAAUUAAUCAGUUAAUUGUGUGGAUGAAACAUUUUCUACUGCAAUUGUUUUGAGCUGAAUGUUCAAUGAAACUGAUUUUUGAAAACAU